UUCCAAUCAUUAUGCGCUCCACACUCCUAUCCAGUAGGUGGCGGGAAUGCACCAUUUAAGUUAGUUUGCCAACUGCCAUUAACACCAGAAGAAGAAGAAGAAAAAUGGCGACUGGGAAGAGGUGUUUGUUUACAGUUAUUAAUGCGAUUAUAACGGCUCUUAUCAUAGAAAGUCAAUGUCGACUCCAUCAUCUCGUACUUAAGGAUGACAUCCGUCAGCGGGUCCAUCUGAACACAUUCGGCUUUUAUAAAGAUGGUUAUACGAGUAUGAGCAUGAACAGCCUCAGCUUCACUAACGGGAAGACGGACAACAUUGACAGCUCCACGAUUGGUUUUAGCCUAGAUCGUGCAAGCAAUAAUGGCUUCUCCACAUAUCUGGACGAGGGUCUUGACUACUGUCCUCUGAAAAAGGAUCCAAGUAGUAAUUUUGCAGGGGUGCUUCUCUUGCUGGACUUCAAAAAUAACUUAGUGAGGAAGAAGACUUCAGCAGAGGCUGGUGUGUUUCCCAAAAUCAUACCUGUGGUCCCCAAAAACAUUAUGGUGGAGCAACAAGCUGAAAAGGGCCAAGAUCUCCAAGACAAGGGGCCAGAUGAUGGAUCUCAGUCUAAAACAGGUUCUAAAUCCAAGCGAAAUGUUGAGAACAAGACAGAAGAUACCUAUCCUCUUCAGAACAAAGGCAAAGUCUACUCAUUUCAGUUUUACUUCAAUGUCACAACGGAUGAGCAGCAAGGCCUUUAUAACUUUUAUUUCUACAACUGCUACUCUAUCCCAAUAAACCAGGACAGCUCUUUGUCAGACAUGCUGCCUUUCAGCAUUGAUAUCAACAUCGAGGAAAAGAAUCCAGAGAGCUUUCUCUCUGCAGGAGAGAUUCCUUUACCUAAGCUUUACAUCUGCAUGUCCAUGUUCUUCUUUCUCAUCGGCACGCUGUGGGUUUAUGUUUUGCGUACACAUAGUUCUGAUGUUUACAAGAUUCAUUGGCUGAUGGCUUCUCUUCCAUUCACAAAGUCCCUUUCCCUUAUUUUCCAUGCAAUUGACUACUACUACAUUUCCAAUCAGGGCUUUCCCAUUGAAGGCUGGGCUGUGGUCUAUUACAUUACUCACUUACUGAAGGGGGCACUGUUGUUCAUCACUAUAGCAUUAAUAGGAACUGGCUGGGCCUUUGUCAAGCAUAUCCUCUCAGAUAAAGACAAAAAGAUCUUCAUGAUCGUCAUUCCCCUGCAGGUUCUGGCCAAUGUGGCAUACAUCAUUAUUGAGUCCACAGAGGAGGGUUCCAGUGAGUAUGGUCUGUGGAUGGAGAUCUUGUUUCUGGUAGAUCUGCUGUGCUGCGGGGCUAUUCUCUUUCCAGUUGUCUGGUCAAUAAGACAUUUACAAGAGUCAUCAGCAACGGAUGGGAAAGCUGCCAUCAAUCUGGCUCAACUGAAACUUUUUAGGCACUACUAUGUGAUGAUUGUAUGCUAUAUUUAUUUCACCCGCAUCAUUGCCAGUCUCAUCAAGGUCAUUGUUCCUUUCCAAUGGAAGUGGCUCUACCAGCUGCUGGAUGAGCUGGCCACGCUGACCUUCUUCUUCUUAACUGGACACAAGUUCCGGCCAGCCUCCUACAACCCCUACCUACUGCUGUCUGUGGAGGACGAAGACAUGGAGAUGGACAAUGUUGUAACUACCUCAACAGCCAUGGGAGAGGGCGUUAAGAAAGUGAAGAAACUGUCAAACGGACCAUCAGAGGAGAGGGAGAGCAUGGCAUAAUGGAAGAAACAAUUCUGUCGGUUCUGUGUGCCUCUGGACUACUGACAUGUGGGAUAUUCAUGUGCAGAAUUCCCAGUGGACCUUCUCUCAUGAUCACAUGUGAAGACACCUGCGUUCCAUAUCCACAUAUAUGUCUAUCUCUGUAAAUGUUGCACAGACAGUAUGGAGAAUUCACAAUAAGGCACUCCAUGAUUCCUUUUGCCACUGUAGUUUUAGUUGACAUGCUUGGUGCUGUGCUUUAUUUUUAUUUUACCUUGAUGAUUGUGUGUGU